AUGUUGAGUAAAAAAAAUUCAUCAAGCGUGUGGUGCUAUUUCACUAAAAAUGUAAAUAAAUCUGACGAAGCUAAGUGUAAUUUAUGUCAUACUGUGUACAAACAUGGUCACGGUACAUCAAAUCUGCACGAACAUUUGCGCCGUAAACAUCAAUCAAAACUUGACGCAGAUAAGUCUAAAUUUGAAUUGGACAAAGAUUUAGAUUUGCGAUUUCAACAAGGAGAGGCAUCAACAUCAACAUCCAAACGUAGUUUUAGGGAAACAACUAUAAUGACAAACAAUUCAAUUAAUGAAGUUCAAGAACCUGCAUUAAAAAAACAAACAAAGCAAUUACUUCUUUCAAAAAGAUUUGGUAUUCCAUCAGAAAAACAAAAGACAGACUUUGUGAGAUCGAUUGUUGAAAUGAUAACUGAUGAUUUGCAACCACUAUCGUUUGUUGAAAAUAGUGGAUUUCAAAACGUUAUUCGAUUGCUUGAUUCAAGGUACUUAGAGCUUUUACCAAGUCGCCGAACACUAACAAGAAGCAUCUUACCUGAACUAUACUCUACUACCAAAAAUGAACUACAAGAUAUUUUGAACAAAUCAAGCUAUAUAUCCAUUACAUCGGAUAUUUGGACAUCAUUAAAUACAGAUUCGUUUAUGACUAUUACUGUCCACACGUUUGAUAGUGCUUUCGUUCUUAAGACAUUUGUAUUAUGCACUUUAAAAUUAGAAAAUAGUCAUACAGGGGAAUAUCUUAGUCAAACGUUGGAAAAUAUAUUUAAUGAAUGGGGAAUUAGACACAAAAUUGUAGCAAUUGUAACAGAUUCAGGGGCUAAUAUUAAAUCUGCUGUAAACAAAUUACGAAUACCACACAUACCUUGUACAGCUCACAUAUUAAAUUUAAUUGUUACCCAAGCUUUAGUAUUUAGAAGUCCAUAUGGUGAUACUGACAAUACUGACAAUGAUGUUUUAGAACCUAAUGAAUGUCAAAAUCUAAAUGAUUUAUUAAAGAAGUGUCGUUCCAUUGUGACAUAUUUUAAAAAAAGUGAAGUUGCAAAUAGGAAAUUAGCCGAAAAAUUAACACAGUUAGGAGCUUUAAAAUUAAAACUGAAACAAGACGUGUCAACUAGAUGGAACAGUAGCCUAUUGAUGUUGGAAAGACUGGUCGAAUUAAAAGAACCAUUGACCUAUGCUUUGCUUUCCUUAAAGAAUGGACCUGUAAUGUUAAAUGCGCAAGAAUGGGAAGUAAUAGAAGAUGUUAUCCCCAUAUUAAAACCAUUUGAAGUAAUGACUACUGAGUUAUCAGGAGAGAACUAUCCGACAUUGGCAAUGGUUAUUCCAUUAGUAAGAGGUUUAUAUAUUUCUCUAGUAUCAAAACAAAUGAGAACAUACUUAGGUCAGCUACUCAAGCAAAAAUUGCUGGGAAAUUUAAACAGUCGUUUUAAACUCAUUGAAGAGCAAAAUCCUAAACCUGAGUUUUCAAGAGCGACUCUACUUGACCCUCGUUUUAAAAAAUUGGCAUUUCAGCAUACAAUUAAUGCUGAAAACGUAGAAAAGAGUAUUACAGAUGAACUAUCUUUACUCAUCAGUGAGAAUUUGAAUGAAGAAAAUUCUAAUAUUUCUGAAACUCCUGAAAUUCAAACCACCUCUAAUAAUGAAGCCGUCGAUUUAUGGAGUUUCUUGGAUGAUAAACUGAAUACAGAACGAACUCAAGUUACAUCAGUAAGCAUUGCGGAUAACAUUUUAAAACAAUAUUUCAGUCUACCACGCGCCAAUAGGAAAUCAAAGCCAAUCGAUUUUUGGAUCAAACACAAAAUACUGUUGGGCGAAUUAUUCAACUUAGCAUUGAAGUAUUUAGUGAUCCCUGCUACCUCAGUACCUUCAGAGAGAAUUUUUUCAAAAGCAGGUGAAAUCAUGUCAGCAAAAAGAAAUAGGACACAUCCAAAAAAUUUAGAUAUUGUAACGGAGUAG